UCUCUCUAUCACACAUUAACACCAAAAGGGAAAUGCGGCCUAAUGCGGCUCGGCGGCGCCUACCGUGGUGGGGGGGGCACACACCGUCGUGACAGGCACAGGGCCACGCGGGAGACCGACGAGGUGGUCUCUCUCAAAGGAUGCCCAUGCCGUGGCCCCCACUCAGCAUUAGCUCCUCAAUCAUCUCCAGCGGCCACCCGAGCGGCGCAUCGGCGUCAUCCUCCCUAGCAUCCUCCGUCCUCUGGCCUGAAGUGGCGCUGCCUUCGCCGUCGCUUCGGAGCGUCGGAGCCGUCCAAGAGGCCGGCGCAACGCUGCUCGCGUGCGACAGCGGGACUUCGUAGACGGCUGGCGGGGUCAGCGACCCCAGUGCCGGCAUGACGUCGGCAUCGCUCCUGCGGGCGGGCUCACACGUUGGUGCUGUCCCCGAGGUUGCAGUUCGGCCCUCGAGCUUCGAUGGUGACGCCGCAGCGCUCGCGUGCGACAGCGGAACUUCGUAGACGGCUGGCCGGGGCAGCGACCCCAGUGCCGGCAUGAGCGACUCGAUUUCGUGGAGCCCACCGCCCGAGAUCAAUAGCAUGGACCGGGCCGGCUGCAGCGGUGUCGGUGUCGGUGGCGAGGGCGACGGCUGCAUGUGCGCCACGGUGCUGCGGAGACUGGCCGCUGCGUCGGACACCAUGCGUCGGCAGAGGUAGCUAGAGGAGGGAGACAGCGCGGUCUUCUCGAUGCCCUUGCCGAUACGGAACCAGCGGGACCUUGACGAUGACCCUGACCUGCCCGGCAGCUGCUGCGCCACGUCCUUCCAGCGAUGCCCAAUCGCCUCGACCGUCGC